GAGAGAGAGAGAGAGAGAGAAAAUCAUGUGACAUGUAGUUAGAGGAGACCUUCUCUGACACCUAAUUGGCUCUGCUGGGUGUACCCAGGAAACACCCUGUAUAAGGGUUAGGUUAGGGUAGGCCUAUACGACGGACAUCCCCCAGUACAAUACUGUAGUACACACCACAAACUUUUCUUUUCUCAUCUCAAACCUGGUUUACAGGUUCAACCCUAACAGUAGGAAAAAGUGUUAAUAUUCCAUAGAUUUCAUUGAUGAUAUUUGAAAUAUCCAACCCAAGCCUCGGUUAGCUUAUAGGAGAAGUAGGCUAAAUACAAAUUGAUAUUUGUAAAGGGGGGAAGUAGACUCGUAAUUUCCUAUCGCUUAAAUUAAAAUCACCGUACCCUCUUACUUACAGUUGUAAUACUAGGUGCAACCACCUGUACGCUUUUAACACAAACACUCUGGGUGUUGUUUGCCUGACUGGGGGCACUAUUUUUAGGUGAGCCGAAAAUGCUGCUGCUAUUUUUGCAGAGCAUGCACUGAUGCACCACGAGCCGAGCGCCACAUGUCAUCCCAAGCUGUCUUCUGUUGUCUCUCCGGAGAGAUGACUGAGAGGCGGUGAGAAGCGGGUGGUUGAGGGAGAUGUGUUAACAGUCAGGGAACGGAAUUUAAGGACGCUAUUUGCAUUCUGUAAGUGACAUAGACGGAUUGGAUCGUAGCUUGGAUUUAAGUGAGAGAGAGUGUGGAACAGUGGAUAGCGUCGAUUAGCCUAGUGCAAGCGUCUGGCUUGGAAGCGCUCCCUUCUGAAUAACUUGGACUUUCACCCCUCAGGCAGGUCACAGGCUGCAUACACCAGCACCCACAUAACCAAUUGUACCGUAAACACAGAUUUUGAGAAGAACCCUGCUAGGAAUUUUACUGGUUGAGCUCGUUUAAACAGCAUGAUAAUAAUUCACUUAUUUGCCAGAUUGUAACCUUGUUGGAAUAACAAUGACGUCCUACGCGAGGCCUCGAAAAGUUGUGGACUAUGACACACAAAUCAAAGAGGUGCGUUGCCAGCUGGUGGAUCAGCUGAAGGUUCUAGAUUUGCAGCUGGAGCAGAAGACCCAGCAGCUGCAGGACCUGGGCGAGUACUGGAGACGACGUGGGGAGAUCGAGGGCGAGUACGCUCGCUCUCUGGACAAACUGGCCGAGAGGUUCACCUCCAAGAUCAAGAGGAAGGAGCCGAACGGUCAGUCGGUGGCCCAGUGUUGGCUGGUUCUGUUGAGUCAAACCCGCCAGGAGAGCAGGGAGCACAGUGGUCUGAGCGAAAGCUGCAGUAACCUGCUUACCCAGCCUCUCACACACUGCCUGGAGUACACACAGCGCCUGGCGAAGAGGAGUAAGGAGAUAUGUACUCAGUUACAAGAUGGACUGUUGAAGGUCACCACAGAGCUACAGACCGCUUGGAGGACAUAUUACCAGUACCACUCUGAGUUUUUGUCUGCAGACGGGAAGCUGAAGGAGGCUGAGAAAGUGGAGAAGCAGAAACAAAGCGCUGCCAAGAAAGUUGAGAGACUCAUCGAGAAAAGACAAGAAAAGGUCAAAGAGAUCCACCUGAAGUGCACCAAGGCACGAAACGAUUAUCUUCUGAACCUGGCUGCGGCCAACACCUCCAUGAACAAGUACUACCACCAUGACAUCUCCUCUCUCAUUGAAUCUGCAGAUGCAGGCUACCACCUUUCCCUGUCUCGCGUGCUGCGGUCCUACCUGGCCAUCCGGUCUCAGACCCAGGAGAGUCUGACUGGAGGCCUGAAGCAGCUCCACGCGGCCGUGUCUGGACUGGACCAGAACCAGGACCGAGACUGCUUGCUUCAGACCUACAACAAUGCUUUCUGUCUGUCCCAGUGCUUCCAGUAUCAGCCCCAUGAUGGAGACCAGAUGUGCGAGGUGAGUGCAGAGUGUGGGGUUAGGUACGAGCUGGAGACCAGGUUCCAACAACUGCAAUCUAGGCUGGCUGCCGUCAACCAGGAAACCGAAGAGGCUGGAAAAAGCGUAUUGGGCGCCCACAGCAUCCUUCUGGAGAUAAUCUGUGAUGAUGACCUAGAACCCAGUGCUGGUGGCAGCUGCUGCAGUACCAGUGGUGGCCAGCAGGCCUAUGAUAGCAGCAGUGACAACCUGGCUGCCAAGCCCAGUGUGGCCAGGCGUCGAGCCAACCUGCAGGAGACGGAGGUCCUUUACCUGGCUAAAGUGAAAGACUAUCUGAUUGGAAGCUCUUUGGUAUCCAAGCUCCAGGCCAAACAUGAUCUUCUCAAAGUGGCAAUUGAAAAAGAGGCAACCAAUGGCCACAAACCCAGAGAAAACAGCAAGAAGUCUUUACGUGUGAGGAAGAAUCACCCCGGCACCAAGUUUGAUCAGAAACUGUUCACUGGUGACAUGCUGUCCUUCAUAGAGGCCUCAGGACAGCAGAUCCCAGUUGUGGUGUUGAGUUGCAUUCGUUUCAUCAACCUCAACGGUCUUCACCACGAGGGUAUAUUCAGAGUGCCGGGUUCCCAGGUGGAGGUCAACAACCUGAGAGACGCCUUCGAGAGAGGAGAGGACCCCCUGGAGGACCGGCUUUGUGACAUAGACUCUGUGGCGGGUGUGCUGAAGCUCUACUUCCGAGGCCUGGAGAAGCCUCUCUUCCCUCAAGACAGCAUGAGCCAACUCCUGGAGUGCAUCCAGAUGGAUAACGAGGCCGAGAGAGUGGCCAAGCUCAAAGUGGUCGUCUCCUCCUACCUUCCACCUGUCCUUGUGGUCAUGCGAUACCUCUUUGCGUUCCUCCAUCAUGUGUCUCAGUACAGUGAUGAAAACAUGAUGCAGCCAUACAACCUGGCUGUGUGCUUUGGCCCCAGCCUGGUGCGAGGGACGCAGGAUGAUGAUGUCGUCACUCUGCAGCCUCAGAUCAAUGCUCUGGUCAAGGACAUCAUCGUGCAGCAUGAGAGCAUCUAUCCCAGCCAAGCUGAACUCCAGGGACCAGUGUAUGAGAAAUGCAUGACACUGGAGCCAGAUGACUGCGAUCCUAUCAUAGAAGAUGGAGAAGGGGAGUCAGAGGUGGAGACAGGGCCCCUCCACCCCACCACGUCUGCUGAAAUGCCCCAAACGAAGGCAGAGCGACAUCGGAGCAACUCCAGACCAUUCCCCACAGGGGGCGCUGUUGCUCCAAAUGUCAAGUUUGCACUCCAGCUCCCCGUGGGGCCUCACAUCAGGCCGUCCCGCUCCCUCUCACCGGGGUUUCUCCGGAAAGAAUCCCAAAGCAAGUCCUCUGCUGAGGACGUUCAAGUUGACAAGGAGGUCUGUCUCCAGAUGAACUCGGUCUUCAAGGAGCUUUUCAAUCGACAAACGCCCCAGGACCUACCCCCCAUCACCUCCUCCCCCUCUUCUCAGCCUCCCCAGAAGAAAGGAGGGGGAGCAGGGAGGAAAGGCAAGGGGCUGUUUUGAUCAGCAGUCAUCUGGACUGAGAGACGGUUGGGGGGGAAGGGUUGAGCCGACCCUCUGAGGGAGGGCAUUAGAGCUCGAAGUGGGGGAUGACACAUUAUGACAGCGGCCAUUGAAGGGCUAGUUACAGAUGGCUGAGUUCAAUGAAGUACAGUCGGAUCACAGACAAUAUGUCUGACCGAACACACACACUGUGAGGCAUUCGAUUGGACAAGGCUUGAUUUCCACUGAGAAGCCUUUGUUUGACUGUUUAAUUUAUGGCCAGUGGUGUGUUGUUGGUUAUAUUGUAUUUAUUUAGUUUACUUGAAUUACUUAAUGUGCACUGCUGUAUUCAUUCUUAUUAAUCACUGGUGUAUUUU